AUGGUCUGGAUUGCUGUUGUGUUGUCACUGAGUUGCUUGCUGGAAUGUGUUGAUGGCUCUCAUUUUCGUGGAGGCAUUAUCACAUGGAAACCCGUUUCUCAAUCUGACCUCACAUCAGGCAGUUCGGGAUUAGAACCACUAACUGGAUUUACAGUCGAGUUUUCGUACAAAAUAGCAUGGAGAAGAUCUUCUCAAUCUCCCGUCUGUACUGAAGAAGACAUUCGGAAACAAACUCUUCAGCCCGGGGAAAAGUCGUGGGACUGUGUUCAAGGCUGCAGUGGAACGAUAUCAGCAGCUCCUUACUUUUGCACCGACUAUAGUGAAUUAGAAGACUGGACACAAGGAGAAUACACGUUCCAGUAUACCUUUCAAAGUUCUGGACCCUUUGUUGUCAGCCACAAAGGUUGCUGCUGGAUUUCAGCCUUGAUUGUAGGUGGAGGCGACGAUUGGUCAGUGCCCACCACAAUUGAUUUGAAUCCUCGGCCUGACAACGGCCUAAUUAAUUCUUCACCAAUAUCCGCCAAUACUCCAAUCAUUCGUCUUCUCAAAGGUUGCAGCUACAGCAUUCCGAUCCACGUCGAUGAUCCAGACGGAGACGAAGUGCGAUGCAGACGAGGAACCAGUUUGCUCGAAUGCGGUGACAUUUGCGAAGGUCUUCCUGGUUCCACCAUUGUCGCCAAACCUUGCACUAUCGAGUACACGACGACUCAAACGGGUUGGUUUGCUGUCGCUCUGAUUCUCGAAGACUUCAUCAGCUCUUCGUCUAACACUCCCCUCAGUAAAGUACCUUUGCAGUUUCUGAUUCUCGUAAGCGAGACGGACGGAGAAACAUGCAGAACACUACUGCGCUUUAGCGAAACGACGAUAAAAGAAGAACAGGCGUGUAUCGCCAUACCACCCUUGGGGACGUUUAGCACAUCGAUAGAAGUGAUCGAGACGUCAACAGCAAAACUUUCGGAAAUAAACUUGGUGGCACCUCAGGGUUUACAACAAACACAAAUUCAGCAAAUUGGAAGUAACAAAGGAAUCAGAGUCAAUUGGACACCUACUAAUGAGCAAGAGGGUCAGCACAUUUUUUGUUUUGUGGCUCUGGAUACAAACAGAUUAAGCACAGAGCAGCGAUGCAUAACUCUUCUUUCAGGAGCCACAAGUCCAGACGUGGUGCAGAAUACAAAUUUUCCCAUUGGUAACCAAGUACCUUCGAAUCAGCGAAUAUUUAGAGUGAAAUUCGACCAGAAGAUUCAUACUCCAUCAGUUUCUAGAAUGAUUCGAAUAUUUUCGACCAUAAGUGAUCCUCCUGACAUUGUUGCCGAGCUGGACACGCACGAUGCAAAAGAAGUCUUGAUAGAGGGCGACACCCUUACAUUUUACCUGCCUGAUGUCGUAUGGACUCUGGAAGAUGGCGUGCGGUAUUACAUACUGAUGGACCCUGGAGCAGUCGUGGGGCUGAGAUCCUGCUCGGGAGGUGGUGCUCCGUUUCGUGGUAUUUCGGAUCCAAAUGAAUGGUAUUUUGAAACGGUUUUAUCAAACUUAGAUCCAUGUGAACCAAAUAAUGGUAAAGGUGAUUGUGAGUACGAUUGUUAUUCGUUUGAUAACACCUAUACGUGUGCGUGCGACAACAACAAUGGAUUCGUAAUUGCCCCCGACUUACACUCUUGCAUUCACCUCGAAUUCGACACAAAAUGUUCAUGCGUCAACGGGGCGUGUCGAGGAGGAGGAGCCUGUGAUUGUUUUAUCGGGUGGCAAGGCGCGACUUGCGCAACACCCUCUUGUCGCUUCCAAGCCGAUUGCUCGGAGAACGGAGAUUGCAUCGCUCCCGGCGUGUGCGCGUGCAGACCCGGAUGGGGCGGGCCUGCGUGCAACGUCGACUUCUGCUCGCGCUACCGAUCCUGCUACUCCUGCACGAGACGCACAGGAUGCGGAUGGUGCGAUGAAGAGCAGCGAUGCUCUGCAGGAAGCGGAUACGGCCGAACACGCAGCAGCUGCCCGUCGUGGUUUUACUACUAUUGUCAUGCCAUUGUGGAAGACACGCCCUACCCCCAGUCUUGCUCACUCCAAGUCUCUCACGCAAAGUGCAGAGACGACUGUCUGGAUAACUCGUAUCUCCGCACGAGAGGUCCCGGGAGCUACGAAUACUGUCAAAAGUACGUGGAGGCUUGCAAACGCUACGCCAAGUGCUACUCUAAGACACCGUCGUGUCUGAACUGGUACGAGGAAGAAUGCCGUUUUGGAUUGAUCGGGGAGAGCUCAAGGAGACGACAAGUUAGAGGUAAUCCUGAAGAAGAAUUGCAUAGUGACGUACUCGAACCGCAAGAUUCAGGAGUCUUCGUAGUAGACGAAGUUGUUAGGAGAAUCGGAGAGUCGGGAAUAUUUCCGGACGACAAAGGCUUGUUGCGUCGAAUAGCGUGGGUGGAGAGUCGAUUCGGUUUGGAUGCGGGAACGUUUCACACAGGCGAUACUCCAGUGGGAAUAUGGAAAAUAGAUAAAGAAAUGCUGGAAAAAACCAAAGACGUAGAAAAGUAUCCGUUGCUGAAAGAGAAACAAAAGAAAAUACUAGAAGAGUUUGGGAUCAACUGGAACGCCGUGACAAUGCUAGACUUACACAAACCUCUCAUUGCUGGCCUUGCUGCUCGCCUCUUGCUCGCCAUAAGUGGAGAAACGAUUCCAAGCAAAUACAUGGUAAGAGAACAAGCGGAAUAUUGGAAGAAUUUUUACAAUAAAGACGAAACAACGAGCUCAGCAACAUUCUUGAAGAAAUUGGAAAGCAUCCGGACCACCUUCUCGCAAGAGUCUGUACUCUCGUGCGUAAACGGAAUCUACGUGCGAGAGACGAGCAGCUGUUUGUGCGAGCCAGAUUAUACGGGUAUUCUAUGUGAUCAACUAGACUGUGGAUGUACCGGAUCGCGUCAGUGUUCGGGUAACGGUGUCUGCGUUAGGAGUAGCGGAGCGGAUAGUGAACCUAUUUGUAAGUGUGACUCCAUUUGGGAGGGUAAGUGUUGCGAAAUCUGUCCGCCUGUGGCGUCCAGUGGAGACCCACAUCUGCAUACAAUAGACGGUCUUCCGUUUGAUUACUUUGGUAUCGGCGAGUUCGUCAGUUGUUACAGCAUUGCUAACGACUUUGGAGUUCAACUGCGAUUCUUCAAGUACAAGAACACUUCAAUGAUUGGCGCAGCCGCAGUCAAGAUAGGAGAAGGGGUGGCAACUAUCGUUGCAGUGAGGUCGACAAAAGGGCAAUCCCAAAUGCCAGUGAUGCGAUUAAACGGUGAAAUAACGCCUAUAGUGGUGGGUUCCCGUCAUGAGUUGGCCAAUAGCACCGUCACUCUUUCCAUCAGUGCCAGCACGUUGGCCGGGGGUGUUGCACAGCUAUUCUUUCAGUUCAUAAACGGAGCAACCUACACCAUUGACGUGCGUUACAGUCAAGCAGUCGGCGGUCAAUUCUUCGAUACCUCUCUUGGGGCUCCGAUACCAUUCAUGAUGACAACGACCGGCCUUUGUGGCAAUAUGGACGGUAAUCAGACCAACGACUUUGUAUCUCCAAACGGCAUUCUAAUAGAAACGGCAGACGAAUUUGGGGAAUCUUGGAGAAUAAUUUCAAACGUUUCAAAUACAGGUGCCUAUACUUGGUCUUGGUCAGAAUCAAAUUUUCAUGUGGACGAUGCUAUGACUUUUGAAUACACGGAUCCCAACCAUGUUCCUGCCUACACCGUCGAGGGUCUUGACGCAGACAUGUUGAAAUCUGCGGAGACCGCGUGCUUGCUCUUGGGUCUCGAAGGUCAGCUGCUUGAGAACUGCAAGCUGGACGUGGCGAUAACAAAUGAUACCGCUUUCUUGGAUCAACGUGUGUUUACUCAAGGUAAAUGUCCCUCCGACUGUUCUAAUCAUGGAGAUUGCAUCAAUGGAACGUGUCACUGUGCCGGACAGUGGACGGGAGAAGCAUGCAACGAAGGCGGAUGCAUUAAUCCCUGUCCUCCAAACAGCGAAUGUCUGAACGGAUUUUGUCAGUGUCUCUUCGGAUAUCAUGAAGUAGAAACCGAGUGCAUCAAAGCCUCAUGUCAAAGCGUGAACAAUUGUACGGCGCCGUCUCAUGGUCGUUGCAGAGGCCCGGAUAACUGCUUGUGUAAUCCGGGAUUUCGAGGGCCCGACUGCGCUGACAUCUCUGUUUGUAUUAACAAUUGUAGCGGAAAUGGAAUGUGUGAUGCAGACGGGCGUUGCAUAUGCGAUCCAAAUUGGUCCGGUGAGCUUUGUGAUACACCUACAUGCGAGGAUCAGCAACGGUGUUCAGGGAACGGAACGUGCCAAGGCAAUGGUACGUGUGCGUGUAAUCAGGGGUGGACUGGUAGCAGUUGUGCUAUUCCAGACUGCAGUGACGUUGGCCAGUGUUCCGAUGAAGGAGUCUGUGUAGGGCCGGGGUCUUGUGACUGUAACGACGGCUUUACAGGACCCGAUUGCAGUGUGGAAAUGCUCUGUCUUCACUUGUCUAAUUGCAGUGGAAAUGGCUUUUGCUCGAAAUCAGGAAAAUGUUUGUGCUUUGACGGAUUCACUGGAGAAAGUUGUGAGACGCCUGUUUGCUAUGGCAACUGCAGUGGCAACGGAACGUGCGUCAGUGCGUACUUUUGUCAGUGUGACGAUGGAUGGAUUGGUGCAAACUGCAGUCAACCUUCAUGCAAACAGUUGAAGUUCUGUUCAGGUCAUGGAAUAUGUCGUUCGUUCGACACUUGCGAAUGCAAUGAUUUGUGGAAGGGAGAUGCUUGUGAUAUACCACAAUGUCUAGCGGCUGAUAUGUCGUUAGUCGAAUGCUCAGGAAACGGGCAAUGUAUUGGCCCAAACUUUUGUUUCUGCAAUGAAACCCACUACGGAGACUUUUGUGAAAAAGAAACGCAAGCGACUAUCGUUGCAACGAAGACAGACAUCAAAUUGGAUGCAGUAACAGUGAUCGACUUUGUAAUCAGCAACGUAUCGCUUAGCGUCAAGAGCUACAUUGCUUUCACAUGUUCCGCAAAAGGUCAACCACCACCAACUGUAUCCAUCUUAAGAGACGGUAGAAGACUUACACCGCUGUCACAGGAAUACCAACAAUUUGUCAUUGAAAGCCUAAACACAUCUGAUUCCGGUGUAUACAGAUGCGAAGCAAAUAAUACUUAUCGCCUUGACAUCCGGGAGAUAAAUGUCCAAGUUGUAGAACCACCCAAAAUUGUAAGACCCGAGAAGCUAAAAGGCAACAUAGAGAUCGGAAGCAACGCCAACGUGUACACUGGAAAUCGAUUUUCCAUAAUGUGCAACGCCGUGGCAAGUCAAUCGCCAACUUUCUCUUGGCAAGUAGAUGGAGUGGGCAUCCAAAGCGGCUCUCAUCAUGGCGUGAGAUUUCGAAAAGGCGGGAAAAUUCUGGUGAUGAACAACGCUAACGAAAGUCACACGGGGAAUUACACUUGCAUAGCAACCAAUAAUGGUGGAUCUGUUAACCGCACUUCGAGAAUCGACGUCUCUCCUUGUCGUCCAUCUUCGAGAAUGGCUGAGGUCCCCGUGUGCGCCUACACGAUCUUGUUCGUCGAGGAAUCGAACACGAUUAACAGCGUUAAAGCAAUUCUGCCCAAUCUGACGUUAGAGCUUGAUCGAUCUUUACUUGCUAACGGAAUUGGUAUCAAGAAAGGUAACUAUUUCUCCGUCAUCGGAUUCGGUACCAACGUAAAGUCCCGGAUGAUACGCAGCGGAUCUAGAGUAAUUUUCUCGGUUCACCGGGUACGGGAGGCACUCGACCAACUGAGUAGUAGUGCAAUUACUCGCGACGGACUCUACGCCAUGUAUAGUGCGUUAGAGGACCGUCGUCUAAAGUCAAAGUUGGUGCAACACUGUGCUAUACAUAUGCUUCUGGUCACAAACGGCUCAAAGGUGGCUGUCGACGACUUCCCGGAAAAGGAAUUCCAUCGACGAUUAUGCCUACAUCAGCCAUUAAUUACUAAUGCCAUUCUUGAUAUCGGACUGAGGGUCCAGACCGAGGGUUCCGAGGUGUCCGCACUUGGUAUAGAUUGGCGCGGGUAUCCCUACGUGCAGUCGCCUAGAGAGAACGGAGAACAACAAGAGAGGCUUAGCACCUUCGACACAUCAUUUAUCAGCCCGGCAACCGUUAGUGCCUGCCGUGAGUUUAUACACUAUGGCCUGUUGCCACUUCAGACUACUGGAUCGUUAUGGGACAUGCGCUCUUCUUUGUCACUGCCGAAACGACGCAGCAUGAUCAGCGCGAUGACUAACGUUACAGUAACCGCUCUGAAGGAUUUCAAGCCGUGCCUCGCCUGCGGAUGCCACGAGCGCACAUCGGGAAAAAUUGUGAAACUCUGCUAUCCCGACAAUAAGGACGACAGAAUCUGUAAUUGUAAGAGCAAUACUGACCCACACCGGUGCAGGGCAAUAGUCGGAGCUUAUUGCGAGACGUCUGGUCUGAUGGAAAUGCCUCUACUUGCAAAUAGUCUGAUGUCGACGUGUUGACUGUCUAAUGAGAGUUGAGUGUGGAACGCGAUUGUGACAUUUGAACUGGAGUGCGUACGUAUAAAAGCAUGACCGCAGCAUGCAUGUUAUGUUUUCAAACUGCCAAACUUCUCAAUUAGUUAACAGUUGAACAGUUUGAUGUUUUCCAGACAGUGUUUAGAUAGAAAGAAGUGGACAGAUAUAGCUAGCAGAAACAUGCUAUCCGAAUCGU